AUGGAUGAUGGUCCGCCGCCGCCUCCACCUCCUCAUGGUGAGAAUCCUCAUACCACCGAAGGCGAAUAUCGCAAGUCUUCCGAUCUGCCACCUGGGAACUACGAUAUUUUCGUAAUACCACCGCAUUCCUCCGGCGCCGGCUUCCUCUACUUACCUUCCUUGCAAACAAAUCGCAACAGCUUUCUCGCGGGCGUCGCAAGCACACUAGUAGUAGUCAUGAUCUGGUCUCUCAUUUCUCCGGCACUGAAGACAUGGUAUAUUGCGGCUGUCUCCUCCAAUGGCAGUGGCAAUAGUACAAUGGCAAUGAUAGUGGUGGCGCUUGGGGUUGGUAUUGCUGGAUGGGCUGCUGGUUUAUCGCAAUCGAAGGCAGAGAGUUUCUUCGGCGGCAGUGGUAAUGGAGGAAAUCGCUUUGGUGGUGGUUUCUCUGGAGGCCGAGGAUCGAACGCCAAUGGCCAGUCCAAUGCCAAUUUUGGUAAUGGACAACAAAACCAUAGUGGUGGGCCGGGACAACAGCAGUACAACGGAGGAUCAGGACAACAACGACAGCAGUAUGGAGGAGGACAACAUUCGGGCAAUCAGUAUGCUGGCAAUCAAAAUAAGGGCCAAGCCGAGUCUGAUUCAAAAGCAGAUAACGCCGAGAAAGAAAAGGAGAAAGAACGGGAGCGGGAGAAGGAGAAGGAGAGGGAGCGAGAGAGGGAACGGGAGAGAGAGCGAGAACGGGAGAAAGAACGACAGAGACAACGGGAGAGGGAGGAGAAUGAACGGCGAGAAAAAGAAAAGGAGAAAGAAAGAGAGCGAGAACGGGAACGAGAAAAGGAACGGCAAAGAGAGAGGGAAAGGGAAAGAGAAAGACAGAGAGAGAUGGAAAAGGAGAAGGAAAGAGAACGAGAACGAGAGAGAGUUAAAGCCGAAGAAAAGAAAAAGCAAGAGGCCGCUGAAAAAGAGCGUCAACGUGAACGGGACGAGGCCAAGCGCAAAGAAGAUUUGCGCAAAAAGAUGGAGGAAUUUAAGCGCAAACGAGAGGCAGAGGCCAAAGAGAAGCAAAGGCAAGCGGAGCGAGAAGCCAUGGAGAAGGAAUUAAAGGAGCGUCGUGAGCAGCUUGAGCGAGAAAUGGCUGCUGCUAAAGCCACGGCAGAAAAAGAAGCUCGCGAGCGCUUGGAAAAAGAGGUUGCAGAGGCCAAAGCCGAAGCUGAGAGAUUUGCUGCUGAAGCCAAAGCCGCGACUGAGCGAAUUGAAAAAGAGGCUAAGGAUAAGGCUGCCAAAGAAGCCGCCGAGAAAGAAGCGGCUGCAAAAGCCGCAGCGCAGAAGGAGGCCAUGGCCAAGUUUGCUGCUCUCAAAGAGGCUGCCGCGAAACGAUAUGCGGAGAAAAAGGCCCAGGAUGCUAAAGAGAAAGCAGCCAGCGAGGCUAAGCCUCCUGCCCCUGCUGCGAGUGCUACAGCUGCGCCUCGGACACCUUCGCCCCAAAAACAAAAACCACCAUAUUCCACGACCAGGACGACCGUCGACGAAGAUGAUGCAUAUUCCUUUCGACCCUACGACCGCCCCCGGCGUCCUUAUGGCGGUGCUUCCGGAUCCUCCUACUCCGAGUCAUCAUAUACACCCUCUCAGUCAACGUCUCGCACAACACCUCCUCCAUCUCAGCGCAGCUCAUAUUCCACCAAGGAUCCUGACAAGAUCGUGAUCCAGGGAGUCUACCAAUUCACUAAUGCCUUCAUGAAGACUCCAGUUGCCCAGCUGGUCUCGGGCCAAGGCAUGGUGACCGACGGCCUCGUGCUUCGCAUUACUACCGAAGGUCUCUUCGUUGAUGACGACUUGCGAGGAGUUGGUCAGCGCGAGUGGGACGUGAAGGCCUGGACUCUGAAGCUGACUGAGGUCUGGUGUCCGCAGAUGGGCGCCCCAGCCGCUAAGCCGGGCUCCAGCAACCCCUUCUCGUUCCGUCGUGGCGGUGCUCACUCAGUGCCCACCAGCGAAGAGUCCGAUGCCUUUCUUAUCAAUUUACUCAAAGUCUGCAAGAACACUUGUCGUCUCGCAUCUCCAACUGCAUGCUUUGCUCGAAGUGCCAAUGCCAGUGGUAUUAACGGCGGCGGCGUGCGUGCUGCCCCUCAGUCUGAGUUCCGUGGUCUCCAUGUCCUUCGUGCGAGCAUCCGCGAUCAGGAGGGUAAGCGCUAUGUCUUUGUGCUACAGGAUACUGAGGCCUGGAAGGUGGCUAUUGGUCUGCAACGUCUUCGCGCUGGUGCCCUUGUCCGCAAUUUGGGUGUAACCCAUUUGCCAGUAACCGAUUGCAAGAGCGUUCUCGGUGGACUUGGUUACAUUCAAGUUUGA